AGGUGCUAUGUACUAAUCGUACAUACUCACUCGUUUUUUGUCUCACAACUCCCAAAUCAAACUCUGUAUGACCACUUUUAUGAUACAGUUAUUGUCUGAAGAAUAAAGCAAAGCAAAGCGAGCAAUUUGUUGGUCAUUAUUAUGGCGGAGACAACGCCCCUCCCACCAACCGAGUCCAUUCACCAAGCAGGCGGCGGCCAACCGGGUGGCGAAGAUCGUACUAUCAAAGAAGUCAAAUCUACCGUCUUACGAUACUUGGAGGAUAUUUAUUCUAAGCAUGCAUCUCCCGCCGAUAAGAAAUGGCACAAGGACUCUAUUAUCGAGUUCCUGCAUCACUCACAGGCCGACAAGGUCACAGAUCCAUCCGGUCAUAUCGCUUCUCGGGAUGAUCUCGACUUUGCCAGCUUCCUGCACUACAUGACUUCUGCCACCGCUAAUGCACAAGCACCACCGUCAGACCAGGACCUGUCCUGGCCACUAGCUAGCUACUUUAUCAGCUCCAGUCACAAUACCUACCUAACAGGCAACCAGCUUAACAGCCACUCUGACGCCGAUGCCUACAGGAACGUUUUGCUUCGCGGCUGCCGGUGUGUCGAGAUUGAUGUUUGGGAUGGCGACGACUCUGAUUCCGAAGUGUCGGAUAGUUCCGAUAGUAGCGUGGACGAAGACGCCAAGGAGAUUAAGGCUAUCAGGAAAGCUAGCCGUAGAGAAAAGCUUGCCUCGAAGCUACCGAAAUCUAUUGGCAGUCGGUUGAGCAAGAGAAUCACCGGAAAGAAAGAGGAGCAGCUUAGUUCAACCGAGAAUAAAGAAGGGACAGCUACUGAUGGAACAGCGCCGCUGAAGAAAUCGCCUAGUCCCCAAGCAGGAAUCGUCGAGCCUAGGGUCUUGCAUGGCUACACACUCACCAAAGAAGUUUCAUUCCGCAAAGUCUGCGAGGCUAUCCGAGACAGCGCAUUUAUCGUCUCUGACUUGCCGGUUAUAGUAAGUUUGGAAGUUCACUGCUGCGAGCAGCAACAAGACGCUAUGGUCCGGAUCAUCAACGAUGUCUGGGCUGGCUUCCUGCUGCCUCAGCCUCCCGAUAACACUAAGUUCCUUCCUGCUCCAGGUGACCUACGCAACAAGAUCCUCGUCAAGGUCAAAUACGCACCUCCCGAUGCGCUUGGGGCGGCCACUGAUGAGAUAUCAAACGACCGUCUACCACCCACUGCCAAGACAACAACAUCGGGCACGGCGCAAAAGCAAGUCAAGAAAGCCUCCAAGAUUAUACAGGCUCUGUCUGCGCUAGGUGUCUACACGCGAGGCGUUUCCUUUAAAUCUCUUUCUCAGCCUGAGGCUUCAAUGCCGACACACAUAUUCUCCCUUUCGGAAGGCGGCGUAGCGGAGGUGCACGAAAGCGAAGCAGCUAAGCUAUUCGAACAUAAUCGCGAGUAUCUCAUGCGUACCUAUCCUUCCGGCAUGCGAAUCGGGUCAUCAAACUUGGACGCGCCAACAUUCUGGCGCAAGGGGAUCCAGAUUGUAGCGCUCAACUGGCAGAAAUGGGACGAAGGCAUGAUGCUAAAUGAGGGCUUAUUCGCCGGCACGGGGGGAUAUGUUUUGAAGCCAGAGGGUUACCGGGGUAGGAAACCCGUCACCAUUAUCAGCGAAGAAAGCGGAGAAGGAGAAGGAAAGGAAGAACAAGCCGCACCGAUCCCCGCCCCCGAAAUGAUCAGGCACCAGACUCUCGACCUUCGUAUCACCGUGUUCGCUGCGCAGGACCUACCGAUGCCCGAAGAAGAUGAUAAGGAAAGCGGGUUCAAGCCCUAUGUUAAAGUCGAGCUACACACGGAACCACCGCACGAUGCACACCUCUCUGUCACCGGCACCCAUGUGACAGCCGCUGCUGGGGGUAAUGGCACGCGGGCCAAGGAAGGCGAGUACAAGGCGCGAACCAAAACGCAGCGCGGCAUAAAUCCCGACUUCAAAGCCGAGGCGCUAGAUGUGGCUAAGGGGAUCACCGGCGUCGUGCCCGAGCUCACGUUCGUGCGCUUCCUCGUCAAGGACGACGAAAUCGGCCGCGAUGACCUAGCCGCCUGGGCUUGUAUCCGUGUCGAUAGACUUCGAACAGGGUAUAGGUUCGUUCAUUUGCUAGACAAAGAGGGCCAGGAGAGCAAUGGCGUGGUACUUGUGAAGGUCGACAAAAAACUCACGUAGGGUGUGGGUUCCGCGUCGACUCCACAAGUGAGCGACAGUAAACAUGGCCGAUUUAGCAAAUUUGGGUGUUGCCGUGAGAAAUGUGGUUUGAUGUAGGCACGGAACAGUGUGUUGCCUACCCACAUCAUCAUCAUAUGCCUAAAAGCAUAUCAUAGCAAAAUUUUUGGGUUGCUUUCCUCUUUCAUGGUGGGCGAUGUCGAGCAAGCGGGUAUAUAGUUGGUGGUAGCAGAUUGGGACAUGAAGAGAAGAAAAUUAGUUUGAUGGUUGAUAGAUAUCGUACCUACAUUGGGUACUAGGUUAGGCUACUAGGCACUAAUCUUGAGAGUAUUUAUGACUUUGCAUCAUGGGUAUCACUUGAGACUAUGAAAUAACAUGACUUAACUAGAGAUUGACCACGAAUAGCAGCCCCGGCCCCGGCCCCGGAUCCAGCCCCCUUAAUGCCAAUCCCAUG